AUGCUCUAUAUGUCGGACUGGACAAACGCUUGGAAGCAGUGCUGUGACAUCGGUCUGAACCUGACCUCGAUGGAGUCGGCCGGGAAAUUGAGUUGCUUUUCUAGGAUUGUCUCCAAGUUCGCUCCAAAAACCUACGGCGAUUUCUGGCUGGCCGGGACGGACGUGGGGUGUCCGUCAACCUUCAGGUGGUGUCCACUGUACCGUAACUUCAUCAACCCUGAGCUCAAGUGGAAGGUAGGGCACCCCAAGGAGGGCCUGGACUGCGUUUAUCUCGAGGCGAGGAGCGGAUCGGUGCUGCUGGCCACCGCAAACUGCACCGAACAGAAGUUGUUUUUCUGCGACCUGAUUAACGUGGCGGCCUCGCCAAAUCGCGCCAUUCAAAACGAGUGCGCCGACAUUUGGGAAAUUACCAGUGAGCAAAUUGACAAUCUGCUGAUCUCCAGCUUUUUUAAUUCGCUGAACAUCACACAAAAUCUCAGGUGCUUCUUGAAAUGCAUGGGUAUCAACAUUGGAAUGUUCGAAUUAGGAGGAGUGAAUGGAAUUGAUUUGUUGCGGCAAAUAGAACUAGCGGCUGAAGAGGAUCCUGUCCAAAUGCAAAAUGGAUUCAGCGCUUACGACACAUGCAGCGGAAAAAAGUUCGACGACGAGUGCGUGACUGCUGAGGAAAUUUACAAGUGCGGUCUGAAGGAGGCACCCGAUCUGGUCGCAAAAAUCGUAAACAACAAUAACAUCAAUGAACCUAUGCUGGCUCCACCGCUCCCGUGCGUUCCGAAGCCUCGAUCCUGUUGGCUUUCGAAAAUGUAUCCCUGCAUCGCAAAUCAAACUGCAAUCGAUGCAUUCAACAGCAACAACGGGGAAGAUGAGAUGGGAAAAGUGUUUGUACAUUCGUCGGGAAAGUCUUUCUACAUCGGAAGAGUUAAAACUACCGGGAUUGACGUGGUUGCAGUUUUCCAACAUUGCUGCGCGCUUGGAAUGAGUCUCUUCGAACCAGUAACUCUGAUGGAUUUUGUGACAGCUUACGGAGCUUCAAAUAGUUUGGACUACCAGACUGCAAGUACCUAUCUCAUGGGAGAAACGGAGUCGGUCAACCAGACGCACGAGGUGUGGUGUCGCAGCCGCAAUGCUUUGCCAGACGCACUCUACGCGAUCACUCUAAACGAACCCAGAUUUCCCUGCACCGAGUCGAUAAUUGGCGCCACGACCAAAUUUUCAUACACCGUUGUAUCUAGAUUGAACGAGAACAUUCACAACUUGUACAUCAACCGGGCUAAUAUUAACGAUUUUGCCUCUUUCGUUUGCGUGAAAGUGUAGAAAAAUUGGAAUAUUGCGAUUUGUGAUCAUUUUAAUUCGAACUAAAAUUCAUGUCAUAAAAUUACAAGCAUUUGUGAUAAAUAUGAUAACAGUUUUCUAUA